CUGGGACAGCGUGAGGAGAGAACCCCGCAGGGCUCCGGGACCCCUUCUCAGGGAUCGCGCGCGUCGCCCACACUCUCCCGGGCCCUGUAGGACCCUCCCCCCCGGAGGCCGGGCUUCGCCGACCCCUCCCCGAGCGGCGGCCGGAGGCGGGGAUGCUGAGUGGCAGCGGCCGGCCUGGGCUGCGAGGUUCGGCCGCCUCCUCCCGCUGCGCCCGCCCCUCGGCCUCCGCCCCGGCGCCGCCGACCCUCGUCUGCUCCCGCCCUCGCCCCUGCGGGUCCGCCGGGGCCAGAUCGAGGCUGCAGCGAGGAGGCGGCACAGAGAGCCCGGCUGGGGAAGGCUGCACGCGCCCGGGCCAGAGCGGGGCGUUAGGAGCCGGCUGCCCCGGCCAGAUUCUUAGGAUUAAAUGUCUUAAGACGUUUGGAGCUGAGUCUUAAUGCUGCUGCGUCAGAGUCGUGUGGCUUUCGGAUGGUUCUGGAAGCAUUGCCAUUCCGCUCCGCGUUGUGAAGAUAGAGGUUGUACUAGUGCCUCUUGCUGGGCACUUGUGGGAAGCAAAGGAGUGACUUCCCACGGAGGACAUAGAACAGGUGGUGCUUUUCUGAAGUUGUUCAUUGGAACUUCUCAGCAUUGCUGCCAAGAUAAAUAGGUGAGGCUGCUGGCCGCUGGGACUCAGCACUCAGUCUGAAUGCCGACAGCCCGGGAUCCAGACCUCACUGCUUCUGCUGCCUCGGACCGGACUGAGCGACCCUCGCCGAGACUUCCUUCCCGGACCUCCUCGCUACUUACAGCUGUCUUUCUGGAUUGACCCAGUGGACUCCAGCCUCGCUUUCCCACCGUGAACAUCAAUAUGUGUCAUGUCAUUGUCACCUGCCGCUCGAUGCUCUGGACCCUCCUGAGUAUCGUGGUGGCCUUUGCUGAGCUCGUUGCCUUCAUGAGCGCCGACUGGCUGAUCGGGAAAGCCAAGACCCGCAGCGGCAGUGGCGAUGAGCAGGCAGGCAUGAACUCGGAGCCCCACUACCUGGGCAUCCUCUGCAUCCGUACCCCUGCCAUGCAGCAAGUCUCUCGGGACACACUGUGCGGGACCUACGCCAAGAGCUUCGGGGAGAUAGCCAGCGGCUUCUGGCAGGCUACCGCUAUUUUCCUGGCCGUGGGGAUCUUCAUUCUCUGCGUAGUGGCCUUGGUGUCCGUCUUCACCAUGUGCGUGCAAAGCAUCAUGAGGAAAAGCAUUUUCAACGUCUGCGGGCUCCUACAGGGAAUCGCAGGUCUGUUCCUUAUCCUCGGCCUGAUCCUCUACCCCGCAGGCUGGGGCUGCCAGAAAGCCAUAGACUGUGGACGGUAUGCGUCCCCCUACAAACCUGGAGACUGCUCCCUGGGCUGGGCCUUCUAUACUGCCACCGGGGGCACGGUCCUCACCUUUAUCUGUGCUGUCUUCUCUGCACAAGCAGAAAUUGCAACCUCCAGUGACAAAGUCCAGGAAGAAAUUGAAGAGGGGAAAAACCUCGUCUGCCUCCUUUAAUCUGGAAGCCAUUCCUGCCACCGUUACCUUUCUUUAUGGCCUAGUGACACAGUCUUCAUCAUUUGAACCAAGUGAAGAACCAGUCGUGACCUACUGGAGCUAUCUUCCACAGCCCCGGCCGGGCCUUCCUGGGACCAGUGAGGGGCAUCACCCACCAAGCAGCGCUCUUGGACAUGCUGGCUGCAGUGCAGAUAAUGAGACCAGACAAGGACAUGGAAUAGCCCCUGGGGAGUCCUGUCGGAGACUCCAUGUCCCCAGGGCUCAAUGAAGGAUAGUGAUGACCUGACUCACCAAGGCAGGCGGUGAUCUCUCUGGCAGCAGAGAAGAGGUUUACCCAGCCUCGGGGUAGUUGGAGGCAGGAUUUGGUCCAUAGCUUUGUGCUUAUGAGCAUCUCAGAAUGGUGGCUGGAGGAGGGGUCUUUCUCUUCUUCCUAGUUCUCUCAUGUUGUCUUACUUGGAGACUAAAAGGAAAAUUACAGACUUACUGAUGACAGGUUCUAUGCUGAAGGUCACAGCAAGGUAACCAAGUUUUGCUUAACUGCACAAAGGGCUUAACAGGGGCAGUGCAGAACCCCACAGUGGACCUACUCCAGUUUGAGUGCCAGGGUGAGAGGAUCAGUGGAGCUCUCCUCAGGAUUUGAAUAAAGACAGACAAUCACAUAAGAAUAAAAGUACAGGCCCCUGGCAGUAAGGCAGAUAGCUGCCUGCUCCCUGCAGCCAGCCUAGCGCCUGUGAUAGCCCUGUCUCCUCUGGCGGUUUUUCUAGGGUUGGCGUUGUACUUGGCUGCUCAGGGAAACCAGUGUUCUCUGCCUUCAAGGACUUCAGCCUCCAGACCAGCUGUGGUUCGUGCAGAUGUUCACAGGGAGGGGUGGGCAGAACCUCAGCGUUUGCAGACUGAAUUUUCCUGUCUCUGCUUUCCAGCCCCAUUGGCACUGCUCGCAGAGAAAGCAGGAGCUAGGCCUGGAAGCGUCUCCAGCUUCUGGUGUUGGUCCACAGAGCUUGCUGACGCUGGCUCACUGCCCUGCAUCAAGAAUCCCAUCCCCAGGUUAGCGUGAAAGCAGGGGCUGGACCAAGCUCACUGCACCUGCCUACGCAGGGCACAGAACCACUUUGCCUACUAAAGAGGACUCAGGGCUUUUAAUCCCGUUUCCAUAAGUUACCCAUUUGACCAAAGCAGCCAGAAACACCUGAGUCUGGCAUCAUAAGAACCAUGCAGAGACAGAGACCCUCCCUAGCGGUGCAAGUGGAGUGGACCUAGUUGGUUCUAGAGAGACGUUCAGCUGAGGGCUUUGUCUUAAAUAGUGACGCACCUUCUACUGGCAGGUGUUUGGUCAUCAGGUUUACAACCCUGGUUCAGAGUUUACACCCUUGUCCCAGUGAAUCACUUAAAAGCUAUGUUGGUUUAGAGCCAAGCCUUGGUUCAGAACAACUCCCUGAUAUAUAGAUGGGCUAGGCCCACUGGGGAUUAAUUAUAGUAUAUUUGCCCUUUGACCAAUAUCAGAAACCAUCCUCUCUCUCAUGCAGAUGAAGGUUAUGAAUCAGAUAUUAAGCUCAGUUUUGAGCCAGUAUUCAAAAUAAGCAAGUAGAGACCCUGUGGCUUCUUUAGAGGAGAAGGGGGAGGCACCCUAAGCACCCCGAAGAACACUCAGGACACAGGAACAGAUCACUAAGUCCAUGUGCCACGGAGCAUGUGGCAAAAGCGCUCAUCUUCCCUGGGUACUGACGCUGCCCUAAGCAAGUCCUCUGGCAGCACAGUCACUGUUGCCGACCUGGGCUAAGUACUUUGCACGAAACACAGUUUUGUUCAUUAGGAAGACUGUGACAGAACCACUUCGCUUUCCUUGAAUUUACCAGAUUAACUUUUCCAUCUUUACAAUCUUAGCCCCUUCUGCACAGACUGGUCCUAAGCCGCAGAUCCUGUGCGCAUGCUCUUUGGGGGUCAAGGGGGCAGUGCACUCCUAGCAACCUGGUAACAGUCAUAAAUGAAGACAUGACCUCUCUGCCACACUGCAAUUUAACUGUUUCUCAUUAAUUUAAAUGUUGGAGAAGACAGCCCCACCACAAAGGGCACAAUGAAAACUGCCUACAUCCUGACUUGAUGGGACGAGAUUGCAUUUUAUAGCAGAGACACCUUUCCAGGGAAUGAACGGACCAUCUGCAAUUGUGCUAACAUAGAAUGGAACUUCUCUCCUGGCUCUUCACGACCACUUGCUGGGCCGAUACCCGUUUCUCUGACAUAGAACCAUCACUAGGACCAGACAAGUAUUCUGCCUGCAUCUGUGCUCAGCUUCUCAUUGAUAUACAGCACAAACACUUGGGGGUCUGUGGCUUCUUUAAACCUGUGUGCUAAUUCAACGUUACAUUAUAACUGUGGAAGGGUCUUUGAAGUAUCUGUGGUGUAAUGAAUGGCCUUUGUCAAACAUGUAUUCUGUAAAGUGCCAUAGUCUUUUUUGUUAUGUGUAGCAUAUUUAAGUAUAUAUAUUACACAUAUACAAGUUUGUCUAAUAGAUGUGCAAUAACCAAGGUGUAUGUAUGUUUUCUUUGGGGAAACUGGACAAGAAUCAAAACAGGGAUGUUUCUUUUGUGGCAAAGGGGAGUUAAAAAACAUUUUUGCCUUCAUGGCUAGUCAUAUUAGUGUAACAAUUUUAGUGCUACACAAACCUUAUGUGAAGAAAAGACUGGUAUGAAGUAGUUUUCUCCUGGGUCUACGCUAGAACAAUCACUAUGUUUAUGGGAGGGUCGAUCCAGCAAGCCAGGCCCAGUCAGUGCUGGUCUUCCGUGUGAAAUGUGAAGCUGUGUGUCGCCUCUUCUGUCAGCCUGAACACUAGAAGCUGCUGCAGAGUGAGCAGCUAUUCUUUACUCUGCUUUUAUAGACCGUGUUCCUGCUAGACCACUAUCUCUAAGGGCUGGCCUUACACUUUCUUAGCCGUAAGCGUCUGGCUUAGGACAGACCAUUCCGUGCAAUAACAUGUGGCCUGGAUUUGUGUUUCGGAGAGCAAAGACUCUGAAGGGAUGAAUGGGGGCUUCUGAGACUGUGGGAGACUUCUUCCAUAGGCAGAAGGGUCUUUAGGUGCUGGGAAGGAACUUGGGCACCACUUGAUGUCCAAUAGCCACUUGAGCCAAAUAUAAAAAAAAUUAUACUUAUUGCUGAUGGACUCAUUUGGAGCCUUCAGAUGUGUGGUUAUCCUAUCAUAUGUAAACUAAUCCAUUGUUUGUCUAGCAUUGAUUAGCAUUGAUUCUGUACUUAAGGAUUCAUAACGUCCUCCCUUCCCCUCUUGAGAUCUGAAUUAAAUCCAAUUUUGCAAACGCA